CUAACUUUAUUCUCUUUUGCAGUAUGAUAUACAGUUUUGUGCAAAAUCUUAUGUUGAAAAUCAAACAUUUUUUCUUGAAUUAUAUACUUUGAACUCAAAGCUUCUACCAGCAGAGCAUUCUACUUCCUUGCCCAAUGGGCUACAUUGGGAGGAAGAGGAAGUGGAAGAGCGGCUAUAGACCCUCUGAGCCAGCAAACCCCUCUGGGCAGAGUAGCCCACAGCCAGGACCCUCUGGGGAACCUGCUGCCCUCAGUCAUGACCAGGCAGCGACAUCAUCCAAGAGAUCCAGGUCUGGAACGGCCAAUCCCCUGCCCAGGGCUGCAACUCCCCUGAGCUCCCCACAGCUGGGACCCUCCACCGAAGUUGCAGGAGCCUCAUCCUCCACCAGCUCCAGGCCUGGAGCUGCCAACACCCUGCCCAGGGCUGUAGGCACCCCAAGAUCCCCACAGUUGGGGACCUUCAGGGAACAUGUUUCCCUUGUGGGAGCCGCAUCAUCCACGAGCUCCAGGCCUGGAGCUGCUAGUCCCCUGCCCAGGGCUGUGGACCGGCCAAGAUCCCCACAGCCAGUGGCAUUUCGUCAGGUGUUUGAGCCCAUGGACGUGCCUGGAGCAGGUGCUCCACCUCCACCUCAGGCGUCCGGAGCCACACCUGAUCAGUACGACCACGUGUUGGAUAAUGAUGUUGCUUCUCUCCCGCGGAGUAUCGCAGACACCCUGGCCACGCUCUCCCCCCUGCUGGCCACCAUGCUGGUGUUUGGCAACAAUGACAUCAACAUCAGAGUGCUGCUGGAGAACUUCCUGGGUGAGACAAACUGGCAGCUCAACCAGAUGCUCUACCACAUCAUGACAUAUUACAACGGCGGCCAGCCAGUGGCAUCUCGUCAGGUGUUUGAGCCCAUGGAGGUGCCAGGAGCAGGACCACAGCACGGUGCUCCACCUUCACCUCAUGCUCCACCUCAGGCGUUCGGAGUCGCACCUGAUCAGCACAACCAUGUGUUGGAUAAUGAUCUACCACGAAGCAUCGCAGACACCCUGGGCAGGUUCUCCACCCUGCUGGCCACCAUGCUAGUGUACAGCAACAAUGACAUCAACAUCACAGGGCUGCUGGAGAACUUCCUGGGUGAGACAAACAUGAAGCUCACAUAUAUGAUCUACGACAUCGUGACAUAUUACAACGGCGGCCUUCCCCUCAUGCUCUUCGACCCCGAAAUCACGCCAGAAGACACGCGGUGCCCCAUUUGCUUGGACGACUAUGAAGUGGACCAGGAAUUGUCAAUUCUGCCAUGCCGGCACUUUUUCCACAACAUGUGUGUCCAGCAUUGGCUGCAGAGGAGCCGCACCUGCCCAGUGUGCCGAGCUGGAGUGGGAGAGUGAGAGUCAAAGAUCCAAAAAUGGAGCUCAACAAUGAAGACUCCUUCCCUUCCCAUGUGCAAUA